AUGGAGUUCGUUCAUUCUCCUGUCCCCGUUACCUUCAGGGAAACCUUCGCCAAGACAGAUCUCGGCUUCCCCCCGAGUCCGGCUACCACAGUUAGGGAGGGUCUAUCCUACAGCGUCGACGGCGGAUCGGAUUGUUCAGUCUCGGGAGGUCUACUGGACGAGCCUAGCGUCGAGGGUCCUCGCAGCUACCCCUUGCCUCCCAAAUCAAGAACCAACAAGGUCCUGGCCGAGGAUUUGAAGACACCAGACAACCACGUUACCCGGGACCCUCGACUAAUACGCCUGACCGGAAUCCACCCAUUCAACGUCGAGGCCCCCUUGAGCGACUUGUACGACGAAGGAUUCAUCACCACCAAGGACCUGCACUAUGUUCGGAACCACGGAGCCGUACCCAAAGUUGACGAUGAGGACAUGUUUGACUGGGAAUUCACAAUUGAGGGUCUGGUUGAGAAACCCAUCAAGAUGACGCUAAGAGAUCUCAUCUCGGACUACGAACAAAUCACUUACCCGGUCACCUUGGUCUGCGCUGGAAACCGCCGAAAGGAGCAGAAUGUGGUCCGUAAAUCGAAAGGUUUCUCUUGGGGCGCCGCCGGCUUGUCAACAGCUCUCUGGACCGGUGUGUCGAUCGGCGACCUCCUUGCCCGGGCGAUUCCCAAGCGAGGUGCAAAGUACGUCUGCUUCGAGGGCGCCGACAAGCUACCCAACGGCUACUACGGAACGAGCAUCAAGCUCAACUGGUGCAUGGACCCAAACCGCGGGGUGACUGUAUGCUACCGCAUGAACGGCGAGCUGCUGCACCCUGACCACGGAAAGCCUGUCCGCAUCAUCAUUCCCGGUCAGAUCGGUGGUAGGAGUGUCAAGUGGCUGAAGAGAAUCAUCGUCACCAAGGAGCCCAGCAACAACUGGUACCACAUUUACGACAACAGAGUGCUCCCCACGACGGUCUCCCCUGACGCCAGUGCAGACCUGCCGGAGGUGUGGAAGGACGAGCGAUACGCCAUCUACGACCUCAACGCAAACAGCGCCACCUGUUACCCCGCCCACGACGAGAUUGUUGCGUUGGUCGACGGGCCAAAUUCCUACAAAGUGCGCGGUUACGCAUACGGUGGUGGUGGCAGGAGAAUCACAAGGGUAGAAGUGACCCUGGACCGCGGCAAGACUUGGCUCCUUGCCAACAUUGACUAUCCCGAAGACACAUAUCGGCUAGCUCCCGAGGGAGAGACACUCUACGGCGGCAGGGUCGAUAUGGACUGGAGGGAGACCAGCUUCUGCUGGUGCUUCUGGAACCUGGACAUCCCUAUCGUUCAGCUUGCCGACGCGGCAGACAUCAUGGUCCGUGCUAUGGACGAGAGCAUGAUGGUGCAGCCGAGAGACAUGUACUGGAGUGUACUGGGCAUGAUGAACAACCCGUGGUUCAGAGUGGUCAUUCACAAGGAGGACCACAGCCUUCGCUUCGAGCAUCCGACUCAGCCGGCACUAAUUGCCGGUGGAUGGAUGGAGCGCGUCAAAAAGGCGGGAGGCAACCUGUCCAACGGCUUCUGGGGCGAGAAAAUCGAAGGAGAGGCCGAGAACGCCACCGUGCCGGAAGAGAUCAAGGAGACCUGUAUGACCAGGGACGGCGUCAAGCGCAAGAUCACUAUUGAGGAGCUACGCCAGCAUGUCGGCGAGGAGCAGCCAUGGUUUGUCGUCAACGGCGAGGUUUACGACGGCACCCCCUUCCUCGAGGGCCACCCCGGCGGCGCCGCCUCCAUUUUUGGCGCCGCCGGCCAAGACGUAUCGGAGGAGUUCUUAACCAUCCACAGCGAGAAUGCUAAGAAGAUGAUGCCCGACUAUCACAUCGGCACACUAGAGGAAGCUAGCCGGAAAAAGCUUGCCGAAGGCGAGAUCGUGCCAGACAACGAUGACAAGACGUCGCGGUCUGUCUUUUUGCAGACCAAAACCUGGACCAAGGGUAUCCUCUCGGAGAAGAGGGAGGCCUCGUCCGACUCGAAGAUCUUUACCUUCACGCUUGAGCACCCGGGCCAGAUGGUUGGCCUGCCGGUCGGCCAGCACCUGAUGAUCAGGUUGCGCGACCCUGUCACCCGCGAGGCCAUCAUUCGCGCCUACACGCCCAUCUCCGAGGGCACCGAAAAGGGAAAACUCGACGUGCUCAUCAAGAUCUACUACGAUACGCCGGAUCGCAAGGGCGGCAAGAUGACGCAGGCCCUCAACUCCAUCCCCAUUGGCCACUUUGUUGACUUCAAGGGCCCCGUCGGCAAGUUCGAGUAUCUCGGCAAAGGGCUCUGCUCCAUUGCCGGCAGGUCGCAGCGCGCCAUCAAGCGCUUCAUCAUGAUCUGCGCGGGUUCGGGCAUCACGCCCAUCUUCCAGGUCCUGCGAGCCGUCAUGAAGGACGCCGCUGACCCGACGAGGUGUCUCUUGCUCUACGGCAACCGCGCCGAGGAUGACAUACUCUGCCGCGGGGAGCUCGACGCCAUGGCCGCGGCCAACCCGGACAGGUGCCGCCUGCUCUACUCACUCACAAAGCCCGAUGCGUCGUGGACAGGUUUCGUUGGUCGAAUGGAUGGCAAGUUCUUUGUGGACAAGGUGGGCACGUACCCCAACGAGGCGGGUGGCGACGAGCUCGUCCUCGUGUGCGGGCCCGAGGCCUUUGAGGCAUGCGUGCGCACCACCCUUGGGGGCCUCGGCUGGAAGGAUAACGACUUGGUCUUCUUCUAA